AUGAACUUCGAAGAGCUCCUGCAUGAGGCUGGUGGCUUUGGCAAAUUCCAGAUCUUCACCUUGCUUGUGCUCUGCCUGCCAAGGCUCUUCCUCCCUUUGCAUUUCCUUCUGCACAACUUCCUGGCAGCCAUCCCUCAUCAUCAUUGUGCCAUCCUGCAUCAGGACCACUUUGCCAACCUCACAGAGGAAGAAGUGCUGCUCAUCAGCAUCCCAAGGGAUUUGGGAGAAACCUUCAGCUCCUGUGAGAUGUUCUCUGAGCCUCAGUUUCACCUCCUGCUUAACUCCACCCAGGAACUGACCAACGCCACAUCUGUCCAGAGCUGCCAGCAUGGGUGGGUCUAUGAUCAGUCUCAGUUCUCUUCCACUAUAGCCACCCAGUGGGACUUGGUCUGUGAGCAAAGAGACUUGAACCAUGCAGCUGCUACCUUCUUCUUUAUUGGCGUCAUGCUUGGAGCUGUCAUCUUCGGCUACUUGUCAGACAGGUUUGGUCGGAAAACCAUGCUUCUGGUGUCGUAUGUGUGCACCCUGAUCUUUGGGAUGGUGAGCUCUGCCUCUGUUACAUACAGUAUGCUGGCCGUCACACGGACCCUGACUGGGAUGGCGAUCUGUGGGCUCUCCCUCAUCGUAGUGCCUCUGGGCAUGGAAUGGGUAGACAUCCAGCAUCGCACUGUUUCUGGGAUCCUAACCAGCCUCUUCUGGAGCUUUGGAAACAUGCUUCUCGCUCUGCUUGCCUACCUGGUGCGAGAUUGGCGUUGGCUGCUCUUUGCUGCUACUUUGCCUUGUGCAGUGGGCAUUGUCUCUACAUGGUGGCUCUCGGAGUCCGCCAGGUGGUUGUUGGCCAAAGGGAAGCUAAAGCAAGCUUGCAGGCAUUUGCAAGCCUGUGCCGAAAUGAAUGGACGAAAGGAGUUUGCAGCCAAGAUAAACCUUGAGGUCUUAAGCAAGACAGCGGCAUCAGUAGCACAGAAGUCAAGUGGGAAUUAUUCCUACAUCAGCCUUUUCCGAACACCGAUGCUGAGAAAAAUCUCAUUUUGCAUGGGGGCUGUGUGGUUUGGGGUGGCGUUUUCCUACUACGGCAUGAGUAUGAACAUCACCGGCUUUGGCCUGGGCAUGUACAUGACCCAGUUUGUCUUUGGGAUGAUUGAGAUUCCUGCCAAGCUCGCUGUAUUUAUUGUGGUGAAUCGAUUUGGACGGAAGCAAAGUCAGGCCUGGACCCUCAUCCUAACUGGGUUAUGUAUAGGGGUCAACAUUGUCAUUCCAAUGUCACUGGGGACGUUGCGCUCUGUGGUUGCCAUCACAGGUAAAGGAUUCUCUGAAGCUGCUUUCACUACAGUCUUCUUGUAUUCCUCGGAACUCUACCCUACUGUCCUCAGACAGAAUGGGCAGGGAUACUGCUCCUUCAUGGCACGCCUUGGCGGGUCGGUGGCUCCGCUCAUCUUUAUGCUGGACAGCAUAUGGAAGCCUCUGCCCCAAGUGACCUAUUGCGCCAUGGCGGUGCUUUGUGGCUCAGCAGCCUUCUUCCUCCCUGAGACAUUAAACACCGAGCUGCCCGAGACAAUCGAGGACGUUGAAAAGCAAAGCUCAGAAGGGAAGAAACACCUGCGCGGGGAGAUCUCUGAAGCCGUGCCUCUGCAGUCAUUACAGAAGUGACCUACUG